AUGGGCGUCACCAAGACCAUCCUCACCCCCGGUACCUCCGACCGCAAGCCCAAUGCGGGCGACAACGUCGUCAUCCACUACACCGGCUGCCUGUACGAUGAGAGUGCAGAGCACAAGAUGGGCAAGAAGUUCGACUCCUCCUACAACCCCGGCCGUGGACCGUUCCGUGUCCAGAUUGGUGUCGGCCAGGUUAUUCGCGGUUGGGAUGAGGGUGUCGUGACGAUGAACGUUGGUGAGGAGUCGGUGUUGACGAUUUCGCCUGACUACGGCUACGGUGACCGCGGUUUCCCUGGGUUGAUCCCUGCUGGCUCGACUCUUGUUUUCAAGGUCAAGCUCAUCGCCAUUGAGUAAAUGGUUCCGGGAGUCUGUCAUAUAGUAGCCGGAUCCCUUCAUGGAAAUGGAAAAGGAAAUGGAAAUAAAACCAGGAUUGAGAUUGUAUUCACUGCUCUUCUUCCUAGACGCAUGGGUCGGUUGGUCCCCUAGUCAUAGGUUGUAGUUCCAACCGCAGUCGCAAACUAUGCUACCGGAGUAU